AAUACUCAACUACCAGUUCCGCGCAUUCUUCUCUUCCAAGGAAAGAUCAAGAGUCAAUAGUAAACAGAAAUGUUGAACUGUUACUUUCAGUACGGUGUCGUGGCAUUCGUUGCGAUCUUCACAGUUAUCAGCCAAUCGGACGGCAGGGAGCUCCGUCCAUCGGACCACGGCUUAUCCUAUCAAGAUUCGUCACCGCCGAUGAAAGCAAACGGAACCGCAGAAAUGCUAUAUUUCUUCGGUGCAACGACAUCGUCGUCCUCCGCACCGCUGCCAAAGACCAAGAAUUUCAGCGAUCCGGCCACGUGGUGGAGCAAUCACAAGGUUGGGAGGUCGAGUGGUGAACACUUGAAGAGGUCAUUGCUUGUGGCCAGCUUAAUCUGUGGAUUAACCGGCGUCGCAUUGCUCUCCGUCGCCGGGAUUAUAUUUCUUCUUCGUCUCCGAAAGGAGAAUAAGAAAAAAUCAGCAUCCUCGUCAGCUCCAACUUCUGCGCCUAAUGCUUUGGCUCAUAAGUAGUAAGUAUUACUGUAUUAUUUAAACAAUUUUGAUUUAAUACUGAAGUGUUUGUUGUAUUCUCGUAAAUAUGUAAUCACUACACUUUAAAUUAUUUCCCCUUUGAUCACUGA